GCCAGUGAUGAUGUGUGUUCUUUCCACAGCCAGCCCAUUCGCUGUACUAUCACAGCCUUACCUCUUGCUGUUAGGAGUAUGAGCCUGCCAGGUGUUAUCACCCAGCAACCCAUUAUGGAACAUCGCCCACUGAUCGGAACAGGCUCAUGGAGCUCAGGAAUCUGUGACCUGGCUGGCAACAUACCUGUCUGUAUCCUAGGUGCUUUGUGCCCCCAGAUUCUGGGCUGUCAUUUGGCCCACAUUUAUGGAGAGAAUUGCUGCCUGCCACUGGUUCCGGGGAGUCUGAUUGCUCUGAGAACUCACAUGAGACUUUCCUACAAUAUUGAGGGAACAAUUUGUGAUGAUGCCAUAAUGUUGAUGUGCUGUGGUCCAUGUGAGCUUUGUCGAAUGACUCGUGAACUGCGUACCCGCAGUGGGUAGUGCUGAUGCUGCAGAGAGGGCCCAGGUCUCCUUGCAGAGAUCAGCAUACAUUCAGACACAGACUCAUGCAAAGAUGUGGAUCAAUUUAUAUCCUAAUAAAGAUGAUGCAGAGCUGA